UAGUGCGCACAGCGCUUUGAAAAUAAAAUAUUGGCCGAAGGGAAGUCAUCGACUGCAACUGGAUUUGUACAUCGCUGCUCUAUAGCCGAGCCCACAUAAGUGAUAAAGAAGAACCCACACCCAUUCACUAGACUGGAGUAAACAGGGCAAGCCCAAUGUACAUCAUCACCGCGUCGGUCAAAGUGCGCGCAGAUGACAGUUCGAGGCGGUGCUUUCAGGCUAUGCUUUAUUGCUCGGGAGGGGGACAUUGCUGAGUCGGGCGUGGGAGUCAGGCAAUCUUUCCUAUUCUAUCUGGGUAAAUGAAAGCUGACAACUAGACCACUUUAUUGCAGCGUCCACCACAGACUGUCUCGGGUGUCUUGCUGCGUCUAAAACUUUGAAUUGUGGCCCCUCGCCGAGGAGCACUGCAACCCGCUCGAAGAACGACGGACGGACGGACAACGCUCAUCAUCGCGAAAUAUAGACGCAAGCAGCAUGUCCGCCCCCACAGACCCAGAGGUGAAGGAGCUGAACCCAGUCGACUUCAUCCAGCUACAGCAGUACAUUGACUACUGCACGCUGAAGGUUAAAGAUGUGCUGAGGGAAUUUGAUGCAGAUGGCAGGCUGGCCCAGCACAGACAUGGAGAGUGUAUCAAUGAGGAGGGCUUCCGUCUCUUCCUGAAGACCUAUCUGGAGGUGGAGGACUUCCCUAAGGAUCUCUGCCAGCGCCUCUUUCGAUCCUUCCAGAGCGGAACUGAACCUGACGGGCAGGACAAUGCUAAAGAGGUAUUUUUGAAGGACGUUUCGUGUUACUUCUCCCUGUUGGAGGAUGGCCAGCCCAGAGACAAGCUGGAGUUUGCUUUUAAACUGUACGACAGAGAUGGCAAUGGCGUCCUUGACAGCUCCGAGGUGGACCGGAUCAUUGCUCAGAUGAUGCACGCUGCAGAUUACCUUGGCUGGGAUGUGUCUGAGCUGAGACCAGUGCUGAAGGACAUGAUGAUGGCCAUCGACGCAGACAGCAGUGGCACGGUCUCUCUGGAUGAGUGGGUGGAGGGAGGAAUGAACAACGUCCCCCUGCUGGUGUUACUGGGUCUGAAGAUGACUCAGAAGGAUGGGCAGCACCUGUGGAGGAUGAAGCAUUUCAACAAGCCUGUCUACUGCAACGUUUGUCAGAGCAUGCUGCUAGGACUAAGGAAACAGGGACUUUGCUGCACCUGCUGUAAAUACACGGUCCAUGGACGGUGUGCCAACAUAAACCCAGCUCCCUGUACAAGGACCUAUGUCAAGUCUAAGAAAGACACAGGGGUUCCAACCCAUGACUGGGUCAGUGGGAACUGUGACUCUGGGAAGUGUGACAAGUGUCAGAAGAAGAUCAAGAGUUAUCACGGGCUGACGGGAAAACACUGUGUCUGGUGCCACUCCAUGCGCCAUGAUGACUGUGCCUCCCAGGAGCCCUCCAGCUGUAACUGUGGACCUCUCAGAGACCAUAUCCUCCCCCCCUGGGCUAUCUACCCUGUUAUAAAGGAGAGGUCAAACAGCAUAAAGAACGGCUCCUCAAGCUCAGCCGACGACAGUGACCACAACACCACUCCUGAUGGACAGGUGCUUCAGAUUAAUCCGGUACCAGACACUCAUCCUCUUCUAGUGUUUGUGAACCCUAAAAGUGGAGGCAAGCAGGGAGAAAGAGUUCUGCGCAAAUUUCAGUAUUUGCUGAAUCCACGGCAGGUGUAUAACCUCUCCAAUGGUGGACCUGGACCAGGGCUGUGCUUCUUCAGGAAUCUGAAGGAUUACAGGAUCUUGGUUUGCGGAGGGGACGGCACUGUGGGCUGGAUACUUGAUGCCAUAGACAAAGCCAAUCUUCAAGUGCGGCCACCUGUGGCUGUAUUACCCCUGGGCACAGGAAAUGACCUCGCUCGUUGUCUUAGAUGGGGAGGAGGUUAUGAUGGGACAGAUCUGUGUCGGAUCCUGAAGGAGAUCGAGGUCAGCACCCCGGUGCUGAUGGACCGCUGGAAUGUACAGGUGAUCCUAGAGGACCCCCAGGAGACAGGAGACCCUGUGCCUUAUGAGAUCAUCAACAACUACUUCUCCAUCGGAGUGGACGCCUCUAUUGCCCACCGUUUUCAUACGAUGAGAGAGAAACACCCCCAGAAAUUCAACAGCAGAAUGAAGAACAAGUUGUGGUACUUUGAGUUUGCCACCUCAGAGACCAUCUCUGCUUCAUGCAAGAAACUGAAUGAAUGUCUUACAAUUGAGUGCUGCGGCACCCCAUUAGACCUGAGUGGCCGUUCUAUGGAGGGGAUCGCUGUCCUCAACAUUCCCAGCAUGCACGGUGGAUCCAACCUGUGGGGAGAAGCCAAGAAGAGUGAAUGCAAGUGCUUGAUGAAUCCUCAGGAAAUGCCUGUGGUUAUUGUUGACCCUGAAGUCUUGAAAGUCAGUGGACAAGACGUCAGUGACCAGCGUUUGGAGGUGGUUGGCCUUGAAGGGGCCAUGGAGAUGGGACAGAUAUAUACAGGACUCAAGAGCGCUAUACGACUAGCAAAAACCUCCCAGAUCACAAUCAGGACUAAGAAACCUUUACCGAUGCAGAUAGACGGAGAGCCCUGGAUGCAGCCACCCUGUACGAUUCACAUCACACACAAGAACCAGGCCAGUAUGCUGAUGGCUCCCCAGGGCCGGUCCAGCUUCUUCAGCUCAAAGUAGUAGCCUGCUCCCUGGCUUCAAGCUGUAACAUGGCUGGCCUGUAUACACUUGCUUAUUAUUGUACAUUUUGUUGCCCAGUGCAGUCAAAUGUGAUUUUCCUGUGUUUUAUAUAUAUUUCCUCUCUGAGGUUAGAGUAAUAUUGUGCAAAUUAUUAUAAUGUCCUUUUAGUGUAAGAGCUGUUUGAAGAGACUGCCUAACAUUUCAGCCUGUUUUGCUGUGAAGGAGUUUUGGCCAUGGUAGUAAAUUAGCGAAUAGACUGAUUAGAAAUAGUUCCAAACCUCUCUGUCAGUUUCAACAGAUGUGGUAAAGAGGUCAAUGGAAGUUGACCAAAACAAGGAAAAUGCCAUGGAAACGCGGUGGGGGGAUCCCAAAGAAUUUGCAAAAUUAGCCUACAUUUGCAUUUAUGCUAUUGUUUGUAUAUUUCACACUAUGUUUAGGUAGAAAUAGGAGUAUAAUGCUUGUAUAGAUGUCAACCCCAAUACAUGUUAAAUCAAAUCAUCUUCACCAAUCAAGUCAUCAAUCAACUUCAAUAUAGUUGAAAACAACUUUGAUUAUCACCACCAUUGGAGUAGUGGAAACGCGUUCUCUGAAGUGAUGAAUCACACUUCGCCAUCUGGCAGUCCGACAGGCGAAUCUGGGUUUGGCAGAUGCCAGGAGAACUCGAACUGCCCGAAUGUAUAGUGCCAACUGUAAAGUUUGGUGGAGGAGGAAUAAUGGUCUGGGGCUGUUUUUCAUGGUUCGGGCUAGGCCCCUUAGUUCCAGUGAAGGGAAAUCUUAAUACUACAGCAUACAAUGACAUUCUAGACGAUUCUGUGCUUCAAACUUUGUGGCAACAGUUUGGGAAAAGCCUUUUCCUGUUUCAGCAUGACAAUGCCUCCGUGCACAAAGCGAGGUCCAUACAGAAAUGGUUUGUUGAGAUCGGUGUGGAAGAACUUCACUGGCCUGCACAGAGAGGCCUGACCUCAACCUCAACCUUUGGAAUGAAUUGGAAUGUCGACUGCGAGCCAGGCUUAAUCACCCAACCUCUCUAAUGCUCUUGUGGUUGAAUGGAAGCAAGUACCCACAGCAAUGUUCCAACAUAAUAAAACAUAAUAAUUUGAUAUAUCGCCCAGCCCAAAUUGUGGGCCUGUUAAAAUGCAUCAAUCGUGACGGAUUUGAAGAAUAUCCACUUUGUUAGAUCAGAUUUGUUGAAUGUCCACCAAUCCGGCAUCCUCCUAUCCCCCGUGGCCUGCGUUCCAUUGACCUCUUUAUCGCAUCUAUAACAGCUCGUUUUCAGGUUCCCCUCCCCACUCAGACCACUCCCAGACAGUCCUAGCAAAAUACUUGCUUGAGAAAUUGCCCUUUGCUUUGAAGUUAUUUUUGACCAUUUUAAGUGAAAACAGUCACAGUAAGGUACUUAAUUGUUACGUAGAAAUGAUUAGAUAUUGAGAUAAAAAAACAGCUACAUUGGACCUUUUUAAAUGACUGAAGCAACUUGGUUCGUCAAACAGUUGGUAUGUACAUAUUUUAGAGAUAUGUUGACCAACAUUUUUAGAAAGUUCAGCACGUAUGUUUUGUUCUGCCAAAAUGCAAGUCUAUAUUAUGAAAGCCUUACAAACUACAGCUGUAGGAUAGCUUAAAUAUAUAACUGUGGACAUCAAGUUAAGAACUUAUAGUGUGCCUUGUGUAAUAAUUUAGCCAAAUUCAUCUAAUGCGUUAUCAAGGAGUAAAAAACUGUGCUAUGAUUCUGCUUGAAAACUUUGAGUGAAAUGUUUAUUUAGCAAGGUUUUUAUUUUAACUGCAUUUUCUAAUUUGUUAUUCUAUUUUAGUAGGAUCAUUUUAAAUGUGUGUGUGUACAGUACCAGUCAAAAGUUUGGACACCUACUCAUUCAAGGGUUUUGCUUUAUUUUUACUAUUUUUUUACAUUGUAUAAUAAUAGUGAAGAGAUCACAACUAUGAAAUAACACAUAUUGCUACUGUUAUUUUACUGCUGCUCUAAGUUUUUAUUUUUUACUUAACACUUAUUUUUCUUAACUGCAUUGUUGGUUAGGGGCUUGUAAGUAAGCAUUUCACUGUAAAGACUCAUUUGUUAUAUACAGAUACAAUUUUAUUUUGAUUUGAAUCAUGUAGUAACCAAAAAAGUGUUAAACAAAUAUUUUUUUGAUUUUAGAUUCUUCAAAGUAGCCACCCUUUGCCUUCAUGACAGCUUUGCACACUCUUGGCAUUCUCUCAACCAGCUUCACCUGCAAUGCUUUUCCAACAGUCUUGAAGGAGUUUCCACAUAUACUGAGCACUUGUUGGCUGCUUUUCCUUUUCCCGGUCCAAUUCAUCCCAAACCAUCUCAAUUGGUUUGAGGUUGGGUGGUUGUGGCCAGGUCAUCUGAUGCAGCACUCCAUCACUCUCCUUCUUGGUUAAAUAUUACUUACAUAGCCUGGAGGUGUGUUGGGUCAUUGUCCUGUUGAAAAACAAAUGAUAGUCCCACUAAGCGCAAACCAGAUGGGAUGGCAUAUCGCUGCAGAAUGCUGUGGUAGCCAUGCUGGUUAAGUGUGCUUUGAAGUCUAAAUAAAUCACAGACAGUGUCACCAGCAAAGCACCCCCACACCACCACGCCGCCUCCUCAAUGGAUGAUCUCUGCAUGUGUGGUUCCCACCAUGGAGGAGGAAGUGUGGGGGUGCAUUGCUGGUGACACUGUUGUUGAUUUAUUUAGAAUUGAAGGCAAACUUAACCAGCAUGGCUACCGCAGCAAUACGCCAUCCGAUCUGGUUUGCACUUAGUGGGACUAUCAUUUGAUUUUCAAAAGGACAAUGACCCAACACACCUCCAGGCUGUGUAAGGGCUAUUUGAACAAGAAGGAGAGUGAUGGAGUGCUGCAUCAGAUGACCAGGCCUCCACAAUCACUCAACUCAAAUUAGAUGGUUUGGGAUGAGUUGGACUGCAGAGUGAAGGAAAAGCAGCCAACAACUGCUCUGCAUAUGUGGGAACUCCUUCAAGACUGUUGGAUAAGCAUUCCAGGUUAAGCUGGUAGAGAUAAUGCCAAGCGUGUGCUAAACUGUCAAGGCAAAGGGUGGCUACUUUGAAGAAUCUAGAAUAUAUUUUGAUUUGUUUAACACUUUUUGGUUACUACAUAAUUCCACGUGUUAUUUAAUAGUUUUCACUAUUAUUCUUCGCUAUUAUUCGACAAUGUAGAAAAUAGUAAAAAACAAAGAAACCCUUGAAUGAGUAGGUGUGUACAAACUUUUGACGUGUGUGUGUGUGUGUGUGUGUGAGUGAACUGAGCAAAAAAUGAAACGUCCCUUUUUCAGGAUCCUGUCUUUUAAAGAUAAUUUGUAAAAUCCAAAUAACUUCACAGGUCUUCAUUGUAAAGGGUUUAAACACUGUUUCCCAUGCUUUUUCAAUGACCCAUAAACAAUUAAUGGACAUGCACCUGUGGAACGGUCGUUAAGACACUAACGGCUCACAGACGGUAGGCAAUUAAGGUCACAGUUAUGAAAACUUAGGACACUAAAGAGGCCUUUAUACUGACUCUGAAAAACACCAAAAGAAAGAUGCCCAUGGUCCCUGCUCAUCUGUGAAUGUGCCUUAGGCAUGCUGCAAGGAGGCAUGAGGACUGCAGAUGUGGCCAGGGCAAAAAAUUGCCAUGUCCGUACUGUGAGACGCCUAAGACAGCGCUACAGGGAGACAGGAUGGACAGCUGAUCAUCCUCGCAGUGGCAGACUACGUGUAACAACACCUGCACAGGAUUGGUACAUCCGAACAUCACACCUGCAGGACAGGUACAGGAUGGCAACAACUGCCCGAGUUAUACCAGGAACGCACAAUCCCUCCAUCAGUGCUCAGACUGUCCGCAAUAGGCUGAGAGAGGCUGGACUGAGCGCUUGUAGGCCUGUUGUAAGGCAGGUCCUCACCAGACAUCAACAAUGUCGCCUAUGGGCACAAACCCACCAUCGCUGGACCAGACAGGACUGGCAAAAAGUGCUCUUCACUGACAAGUCACAGUUUUGUCUCACCAGGGGUGAUGGUCGGAUUUGCAUUUAUCGUCGAAGGAACGAGCGAGGCCUGUACUCUGCAGCGGGAUCGAUUUGGAGGUGGAGGGUCCGUCAUGGUCUGGGGUGGUAUGUCACAGCAUCAUUGGAAUGAGCUUGUUGUCAUUGCAGGCAAUCUCAAUGCUGUGCGUUACAGGGAAGACAUCCUCCUCCCUCAUGUGGUACCCUUCCUGCAGGCUCAUCCUGACAUGACCCUCCAGCAUGACAAUGCCACCAGCCAUACUGCUUGUUCUGUGUGUGAUUUCCUGCUGUCUUCUGCCAUGGCCAGUGAAGAACCCGGAUCUCAAUCCCAUUGAGCACGUCUGGGACUUGUUGGAUCGGAUCGGAGGGUGAGGGCUAGGGCCAUUCCCUCCAGAAAUGUCCGGGAACUUGCAGGUGCCUUGGUGGAAGAGUGGGGUAACAUCUCACAGCAAAUCUGGUUCAGUCCAUGAGGAUGAGAUGCACUGCAGUACUUAAUGCAGCUUGUGGCCACACCAGAUACUGACUUUUGAUUUUGACCCCCCCCCCCCCCCCCCCCCUUUGUUCAGGGACACAUUAUUCAAUUUCUGUUUGUCACAUGUCUGUGGGACUUGUUCAGUUUAUGUCUGUUGAAUCUCGUUAUGUUCAUACAAAUAUUUACACGUUAAGUUUGCUGAAAAUAAACGCAGUUGACAGUGAGAGGACGUUUCUUUUCUUGCUAAGUGUGUGUGUGUGUGUGUGUGUGUAAAUAUAUGGUCAUUGAAAGUCUAGAAUUUUCUAGGAUGUAUUAAGCUAUGAAAUAUUUAGAAUUGCAAUGCAUAAAGCUUGUGGUAAUAUACCCACAAGUCGUAAUUAAUGCAGAUUUUAUUUGAAAUGAUAAUGCACUCAUUAGUGCUUCUGUAUGUAAGCAGGAAUCCCUUUGCCCCAUUGUCCCAAGGCCAAACCACAUUUCAUUGUUUUAAAAGCAGACCUUAAAUGUCCUUUUUAAAUAAGCUUUUAGUUUUAAUAUAUUGAGUGACCGUUUGGAUUGAAAACAAAUUGUUUACUUCUCUCUCAAUGCAAGGCCUCAGUUUAUCUUAUUGAAUAUAUCUAAUUGGAGGUUAGCCAUAUCUUAAAUCCUGAGAAUGUUAAAAAAUAUUUCAAUAAACCAUCGUGACAUGA